GUCUGUCUCGCUAUAUAAAUAAAUCGGCUGCACGACCACCUGCUAUUCAGUUUGAGUCUUCUGUUCCGCUUAAGAAGGACCUGUUUCUAAAAGCUUAUACUCACGAGUAGUUCCAUGAUUCGACAGAACAUGUUGACUACGCAAGAUCCCGCGCUGCUGCCGUCACCGCGGGCUAGGAGUUCUUGGCUCGUUGUUUUUUUCUUCGCUUCUGCGUGUUUUCAUCUGCUUUCCCGCCCGGCGGUCGCACGCAAGCGGCGACAGGAGGUGGAGAAAAUAAACGUGGCGCGAUCGAACUGGGUCACCAAGAGCAGCAGCCCUACAGCGCACAGCCGCGAACUGUCAGACCCGUUGAGGGAGGGCAUCACGUUGACCAAGGAUGUUUUCUACGGCCGGGCGAUCAUCCAGGUGCCCCGGAGCAAGGGCUUCCUGGGCGUGCAGAACCUGAACCAAACCGCGCACGGGACGCUACGAAAGCAGCUGCUGGAGGAAUUCGCGUAUGACAAGUACAACAUCACGUCGGAGAACGCGAGACACGUGUUGCAGUCCUCGAUCUCCCUGAUCGCGGAGAACCGAGACCCGAAUUCCCGUUUUCGCAAGUAUUUGGACCUUUUGCAGACCGAGAACAUGCUGGUUUUUACGCUCAACGACACCCAGCGCAAAAUGCUCCAGGGCACAACGCAAGAGAAAACCCCCGAGGAGUUGUCGUCACUGGUGGAACUGGUCCACAGCGCCGCCGGGAACUUCACGCUGGAACCGCAGGCGGGUUCGGACGCCAGCGAGGUGCUAGGAAAACCAGUGACGUGGCGGGAGGCACAGUGGGCGGUGUCGGCCAUACUCACGCGGGCGCUUACCAUCUGGCCGCCAACCGAAGACCGACCCAGUGACCACGGGGAAGACCCCGCCACUGGGGACUCGGUAUCAUCUUAUUUGUAGUUGUUGUAAGGGCCGCUGGAGGCGCUGGUGGAACGUUGUGAGAAAGAUGAAACUCAAUCUUUUUCUUAGGCGUAUAUGCAAGCAGCAUGGGUAAACUACAUCUCCCUACAUCAACGCGGCCCCUUCCUCUGGCACUACUAGUGCUGCGCAAAUGAGGAAACUACGGCAACAUGCUCAGGAUGUAAAAAGCAAACUAGAACUACGUUAUAUCAGAUCAAAAUGUCCCUUGUGCCCAUUCCGGAGCUGCUGUACGCCAAUUACCAUCCGGACGGGGGCACGGCCAUCACUUUCCAGGAGGAGCGCAUCGUGAUUGACGGUCAGGUAUCCUCUGCAAAAGUAUCGUACUCGUAGUAAUCGCAUUUAUGCAUGACACAUCUCUUUUUCAAGGUAAACCAGCAUGAGAAAUUCCAUGUGUCAUGCUGAGCAAAUUUGUAAUGCGAUUACUACUAGUGCGAUGCUUUUGCAUUAUUUCAUAUCAGGACGUGGAUGUGGUGCUGCAGAUCGCCCGGCGCGACAUGGGCAAGGGCGAGGAGAACUUUUUGUACCCCGGACGCCUGUCGAAUUCCGAUCUGCUGCUGCGGUACAACCUGACGUUCAAGAAGAACCACGUCGGCAUUGGCGACAACUCCACCAUAUGCAUUCGCAAAAGUAUUAUUGAUCGUACUUCUAAGUGGUGCCUGCAAUACAAAUUUGCUCAGCACGACAAAUAGAAUUUGUAAUGCUGUUUUAGCUUAUGCUUAGGACGAAGCCGAUUUGUCAUGGAGAAGGAGAUCUGCAAUUAAUACUUUUGCAAUGCAUACACCAUCCCGGGGUCGCUGGCAAUGAGCGGGGACGACACGCGGAACAUGCGUUCCAACAAAAACAAGCAGCGGCGGGAAUUCGAAAAGUACAACUGCACGGCCGAGGACUUUGAGCUGCGGUUUUCGCCGAAGGGCUAUCCGGACCGCAAGUUCUGCCGCUGUUGGCGCGUCAACCACUUCAUGGAGAGUGGCUGGUAUUCGCCGGCUUUAGUGAAAAAAGUGCACCUGCUAUGGAGAGAAAAAAGUUUGUCACAGUCACUAUCUUGGAGGUUUUGCAUUACAAAUUUUUUGAACAUCACAACUUUUCCUUGUAUUGCAGAACCACUAAGGGAAAUCCCGUAUGAAGUUUGGCUGUGAUGCAUUUUUACGCAUGCCAGGCAUUUUUUGUAUUGCAAAAAUUGCCCAUGAGUGAUCGUGACGAACUUUUUUCUUCUUAUACCUGCUCGACAAGUGGCCCCCGCCCCCGGCCUACACGGACGAGGAAAUGUGUAUGGUGUUCAUCUCAAAUGUUACAUUCUCAAGUGUUACAUGAAUUUGUCAUGCAAGAACACCAAAAGUGAACGCGGGAAGAUUGCGCGCUUUGCAUUACAAAUUUGGAACAGAUUUAGUCCCUGUUUAGCCCUUCGAUGAUUUGUCAUGCAAAACACCUUGAUCGUGUGGCGGCUUAUGGCAUUUUUGCAUGACAAAUCAUGUAACAGUUGAGAAUGUAACGUUUGAGAACGCCAUAAUGUGGUUGGCCCUCACCCAGGCUGACAACCAGCUCAAUGCGCUUUUCAAGCAGGUAUGUUGUUUUUGUGAGCUUCUGUUGAAAAGUAGUAGGAGUGACAAAUUUACGUGUCAUCAUGUCGCGCGUACGUAGAGGUAGAUGAUGUCAAAGUUAAAGUUCUCUACUUGAUCAUUUUCAUUCGCCUUCCUCCCCAUAAAACUACGAACUAGGGUAGUUUUCUUUCUAACAAAAACAAACAGCAUUGCAAGUGGCGGCGCGCUCGACUCCGGAAUGGUAUUGACCGUGCUACUCUGGAAGCUUUCAAGGUUUCAGAGGAUGUAAUCGAUCAGAAACUUUACAAGAUGCGCAUCGAAGAGACUAAGACCUUCAAGCACUGCGAAGAGCUUGCCAAUCGGAUUUCAAAUGUAGAGUCCAAAAAAACUGAGCUGUGACGGAGUCCUCAAAUAUUUUUAAGAUGCAAACUUUCAUGCCUGAAGAUCCUGUCACUGCUGGCACUGGCAGCCUUGUGAAAGACAAAUGCUUAGCCGUCAUUGAAGAUCCUGUCACAAGCACGACCGCCUUUUGCUUUUUCGAGGCGCUGCGCGGCAACUACGAUCGCAUUUUUUGAAUUUCACGUCGCUGGUAUGAGUAUGAAUAUGACCAAUAUGAGUAUUCAUGUACCAUCGCGGGGUACUAAGAGAUCAUCAAAUGUCGAAAUGUAAAGGAUAAGGAAAAG